AAAGGGUUUAUAAAUAGAUAAUUAACCUUUUAUUUGUUAUUAGUGUUUUAUAAACGGUUACAUCUGUUUUGAAAAGUUCGUAAUAAAAAUGCAAUUAAAAUGGGGAAUAAUUAGUACGGGAAACUGUAGCAGCGAAUUUACAAAUUGCUUAAACUCUUUAUCAAACGAAGAGCAUACAAUUGUAGCUGUAGCUGCUCAAGAUUUCUCCAGAGCUCGAGCCUUCGCCAAAAAGUAUAAAAUUCCUAUUUGUUACGGUACUUACGAAAAAUUGGCUAAAGAUAGGAACGUAGAAAUUGUUCAUAUUGGAAAUUUAAAUAUACAACAUUUCGAAGUUUCGCGAUUGAUGCUAGAAAACGGUAAGCACGUUCUCUGUGAAAAACCGAUGACAAUGAAUGAAAAGCAAACGAGAAAACUUAUCGAAAUUGCCAGGGAAAGAAAUCUUUUCUUAAUGGAAGGAAUUUGGUCUCGAUGUUUUCCUUUGUACAAGGAACUACGAACACUUUUAGAUCAACAAAUACUCGGAGAAAUACUUUAUGUAUCAGCAACUUUUGGCAAACCAUUACAACACAUUGACAGAAUAAGAGAGAAACGGUUGGGUGGAGGAACUAUUUUAGAUUUGGGAGUUUAUCUCAUACAAUUUGUACAAUUCGUGUUUAGAGGAUUGGAUGCUCUAGAAGUAAACGCUGUAGGACACUCAAAUGAAUAUGGUGUUGAUGAAUCCUGCUCUGCUGUUAUCACAUUUCCAGGAGGUAAAAUUGCUAAUAUUAGCUCUCAUUCUGCUCUGCUGUUGCCUAAUGAAGCUGAAAUAGUAGGCAAAAAAGGAAGAAUAGUGGUUCCCCAGUUUUGGUGUCCUUUAAAGCUAAUAACGCCAAUGGGUACUAAACAUUUUGACUUGCCUGAAGUAGAUCCUUCAAUUCAGUUUAUGAGCAAAUUCUCAAAGGGAUAUAUUUAUGAAAUACAAGAAGUUUGGAAAUGUUUAAAAGCAGGAAUGAUUGAAUGUCCAAAAAUGACCCAUGUAGAAAGUAUAAAAUUGGUACAGCUAAUGGAUAAAAUGAGAAAAGACGUAGGAAUAGUAUAUCCAGACGACCUAGUCAAAAUUACCAAAUAAAAAAUAGAUAGGUCUGCUUCUGAAGUAAUAGAGUUAUAAUGCAAAAUGUUUAUUAUCUCAUUUACUUGUAAUAGAAUAAAAUUAAUUAAUUAAGGAAUAUAAACAAAUAAUAGUCAAAGAGAUGCAUAGUGGCGAAAAAUAAAAUCCUUAAAAUACUUUGUA